AAUCACGUGUGUGUGAGUGAGUGAAUCAGUGAAUCUUCCUCCUGAAACCAUGUGGUUCUUGAUCUUCGUCUGUGUGUCCACGGUUUGUGGCGUCCCCAUAAAAAAUCCACCACAGAACAACGUCGCUGCUCCCACAGAUAAUGUCAUUGCUGUGCAGGAGAAAAUCCCUUCUGAGUCUUCAAAAGGUGUGAAUGUUUCCAUGGAGCAGAAUGCAGAAACUUUAGAGGAGUUUCAAGAUCAAAUCGUUCAAGAAGGAGACAUUCUGAUGCCUGAGGACAGGAAUGCUGUGGAGACACUGUGGCUCGCUGGCAUCGUCCCGUACGAGAUCAGCAGUGAACUGGCCAAUCGAGAGUGGGAGAUCCAGACGGCGUUAAAAAUGAUUUCAGACGUCACAUGCAUUCGCUUCAGGAAACACACAAACGAGCCAAACUACAUCGUAUUCAAGAACGGCAGAGGCUGCGCGUCCUACGUCGGCUGCCGGGGAGGAGACCAGCCCAUAUUCUUUUCCCCGCACUGUGCCGUGGGGAACCUCGGCCACGAGAUCAUCCACGCGCUGGGACUGCACCACGAACACACGCGCAAGGACCGCGAGGACUUCAUCUCUGUGCAGAAGCAGAACAUCGUCCCAGGGAGAGAAAAUAACUUCAACGUGAGAGAGGGAAAAACUCUGAAUCUGCCGUACGACGUUAACUCCAUUAUGCACUACGGACAGUUCUUCUUCAGUAAAAACGGUCUCCCCACUCUGGUGUCGAAGCGGAGCGGAGAAGAGAUGGGUCAGAGGAAACAUCUCAGUCCGCUGGACAUAAAGAGACUCAACAAACUCUACCACUGUGAUAAAUGACUGGUUUUCAAUGAGAUUUAAUAAAAUUGCAUUCAAGAAAACAAACAUGUUAAUUGUUUUGU